GUGUCCAUUUUCAAAACAGCCAACAUAGUACCUAUUCGAAUAUCGUCGACUCUGCAAUACAACACAGAGAGUGCUGAGAGACAGUGAGUUCGAGUGUCUUUUUUUUAGUGUGUGUUGUUUCGUUGAAUAAAAAUUGUAAAUUAAAUCAAGAUGGCAUAAUUAUGUGCCAUUCAAAUCAAUUGAAAAACAGUGCAUUUAGUGCUUGUGUACAGUGUGAAUUUUCAUUCAAAUUUACAGAAAAUAAACUAUAUUAAAUAGAAUUUUUGUGAUAUGUGUAUGAAGACAAGAGAAGUGAGAGAAAGAGUAUCGACACAGAGCCAGUGAACGGAGGCUAUUGUAUGAAGAAGAAAAAAAAAUAAUAAGAACGAAUCACUAGAAGUUGAAGAAGAAGACGAACGAUCUUUGUGUAUAGAAAAUGGAACAUUAUAAAUAGUUUGAAGCAAACAUAAACAGAGGUGCAAAAUGCAAAUCGUUUGGUACCGCACAAAAAAAGCGACCGCAUUUCGAUUGAACAUUUAUGAAUUAGAGUGGAAACCAAUUUGUUUGAAAGACUGAUAUCAAAAUAAAAGACUUUUGUGUGGAAAACAAAAACAAUCGAAAGAGAAAAAAUAUGAAGGAUAAAGCCACAAUGCGACUUCAUUGACUUUAGUUGAUUUAAUAGCAAGAAAAAAAAGUUAGGGAAAUAAAUUGCAAAAAAAAAAAACAUUUUUUUGGUGAAUUAAGCAUCAUAAUCAAGCGUAUCUGAGACUGAAGACGGAUCAAGUGCAAAGGCGCGUCACGCUGUGUGACAGCUCUGCAGGUGCAGUGCUCAUUAGUUUAAAUAAAAAAAAAAAACGUCUAUUCGUUUGGAAAAUCAAAACGGGCGCUCAAUUGGCAAAACAAUUUGCAUCGACGCAAUUUCAUCAAAACUAAACUAUUGUAUAUUACAAUACAUAUAGAUAAUAUAUAAUAAAUUCUGGCUGAUGCGCAUUUAUUCGGUGCCCAGCGUUCAGCUUCAUCGAAAUUGUCGAUAACCUCGUUUUUUACUCGACGAGUGGCUUCAACAGCCAUUUGUGAGUGAAUAACAUUCGCCAUUUCAAGUAUGAAAUCCGCCUCGAAAAUGACAAGCCUUCAUAAUGAACACAGUUACGACCUCAUACACACCGAUUGCCAUCACACUACGACGACGACGACAGCAUCAACAACAGCAGCACAUCAUGAGCAUCGACAUCGACAACACCAGGAGCAUCAUUAUCACCAUCGAUCGAUAAACCAUCGAAGAAAUGAUGUACAAACACAUUCAAUUUCAACUGCCAAACAUUCAAAAUGCGCUUCACAUGACAAAUCGGUUGUCAAAUGCGGUCGUACAUUAGAUAAAUCAUCAGACUUUUUCCGAUGGCAUAAAACGAAAUUGAAAACAGCGUACCGCUGGCAAAUGACUAAACGAUAUAUUUUGGUGAUAACAAUUGUUCUAUUUGCAUCGCUGAGCGAUAUACUGAUAUGUGUAGCACAUGCUGGCGACGUGACCAGUUUAAUACGGGUCAGCGACGAUGAUAGAAGCAACAACCAAAAAUUUGCUGCCGAUUUGGCUAUUACAACGGAUCCAUUGACACGUGAUAGUGGUAUGGCUGCAUCAUCGGCUAGCAAUCGAAAUCAUCCAGGUCUAUAUAAUUUGGAUCGAAUCGGCAGCAAUCUGGAAAUGAGCAUUGCUGCGGUUUUCAAUAAAGUUGCUUACGGCACCACAACUAAACGUAGCAUUUCCGAUAAUGUAUUUGUGCCGAAUCUAACCACCGUUCCAACGCCGCAAUUAACCACGUUCCGGUAUCGUGAAAAAGAAAAGGAAUUCGAUCCGAAACAACAGCAACCGCAUCAUCAGUAUCAACAACAUUUAUCAUAUCAAAAACAUGCGAAUUUCAAUAAUAAAUACUCAUUGGAUUUGGAACACGACCAUGUAUUACCAACGUCAGCGCCCAAUGCGGAUAUUUUGAAAAGCAACAGCAAUCCCACAUAUCCGAACCCCAAUCGACAUCAUAAUCAUGGGCAUCGUGCUCAUUUAAAUUCAACGCCAUCACCCGCAGGUCAUUUAAUGAAAGGUCAGGCGACUGCACCAAUGUUUCAGUCUGAGUUACCAUCAUAUUCACCGCCAAAUCGUUCAUUUUUAGCACCACGCGUGCCACCCGAAUAUCCACAAAAUCCAUUUGCCGAACAACCCACGUUACGCGGUACAAAUAGCGAAAGUGGAAUUGUCUCUGGUUUCAAUAUAAAUCGACGUCCGAUUCCACCACCAAGCCUAAUGCCUGGUCAUGAAAAAAUUCCAUACCUACCACCUGAUCUUAAUCCAAACAACAACAACAAUAACAAUAAUAACAACAUUGGGAAUGAGCCAAAGAACAAAGCCCUCGUCACUGACCCGGAACGAAAAAAGGUGUUAAAUACACCGGCUCAAAAACUAAAUCUAAAUCGAAUAAAUUCAAACCAAGCGGCAUUGAAUUCAACAAAUUAUUCGGCCAGUAAACCUGCUGGCAUUCAUUUUCCAAGCUUUUCGCGAAUUCUCUCAGGUGUAGAUGGUGGUAUACCAUAUACACCAGAUAAUAUAUUGAAAGGUGUUACAUCUCGACCAACUGAAGUGCAAUCGGAGAUGCCGACGCGCGAAAGUGGUGCAGAAAAGGCAGUAUCGGAAAAGCCAGCAGAAAUUGAUGGUGAUGACAAUACAGACGAAGAUACAAGCCCCGAAGAAGACUUUGAUUCGACCACAUUCAAUGGUGAAGGGCCAAAAACACAACCGAAAAUAAAACAAGGAACAACGAUUACUGGACAAAAAAGUGCAACUACAAAGAAAUCCGUCAUCACCGAAAGUCCAGCACAAAGUGAUAUGGUGUAUUCGACGCAAAUCAUUCAAAAUUUGGAGGCCACAAAUACAGAGAAAAAAGUAAAACAAAUCACUGUAUUGGGCAAUAGUAAAAUAACCAAUGAACGAUCAACAUUGAACACGUGGACCGUGGCAUGGAAUAUUCAUGUUUAUUUAUCGGCCAUUCUAUUUACCAUUUUGGCAGUGUAUUCAAUUUUUAAAAUGAUUUUCUACGACAAACUCACACAUUUGGUGAAUCAAAGUUAUUUCAUUUGCUUGCACUUGCUGUUGAUCAUCAUAUGUUUGGCGCGUAUAUUCUUCCUUUGCUACGAUGCAUACAACAUUCAUUUAAGUUUUCACAUGUUCAUAUCGGAAUUGUUGCUAAACUUACCGGCCACAUUUUUGACGAUUUCAUUUUCGGUAUUGAUUUUAUUUUUACUGUUGCGCAGCCUUAAUCAUAAAAACAACCGUUACUCAGCGUUAAUGCGACCAUUGACGGUGGUCGUUGGCAGUUCGGUGCAUGUGUUUCUUUGCGUAACGUUACACUAUGUGGAAAGCUAUGGUCAACAACGAAAUCAGCAAAUUCAACAACAAUUGCUGUUACGGAACGGUGAUGGUUAUCGUGGCAAUCAAAACUACGUUUAUCAACCACCCCCACGCGUUCUAUCCCUCAUUUGCCAACUCAUUUACAUAUUCAUUUGCCUAAGCUUGGGUUUCUUCUAUCUUUACAUUUACAAGGUGUUGAAACGUGUACUACAGAAAAAAUCACAAAAUUACAUUCAUGGCUAUCAAAAUCUUUCGUAUGCCAUUCACAUUACAAUUGCAACGGCAUUGUUGUUCAUUUUAUUGGCGGCGCUACAAAUCUAUGGAGCUAUUAGCAUUUCGACCACACGACCGAUUGUGUCAUCGUUAUCGGAUAACGAUUGGUUACAAUGGGGUUAUCAAUUUUCAUUGCGUUUGAUUGAAAUUGCCAUUAUUGCGUUGCUGUCAUGGGUGACUGGGUUAAAAACGGGCACCACUAAGGUAAUGCAACGUGACAAAGUCAUGGAACAACAUAAUGUGUCCGGAUUUGCGUUGUUCCCAUGUACAUCAUCAUCUAGUCAAGAGCAUUUUGAAACCGAUUACCCGGCCAUUUGUAAUGCAAAUACCAAUCUACAUUCGUACACAUUACGAACGGGUAAACCAAUUUACGAUGAUACAUUUGCACUGAAUUCAUUGGGAAUGGAAAAUCCCGUACCAAUGGUUGGUGGUAAUACACAGAUUCAACAACAUCAUCAUCAUCAUCAUCCAUCACAUUUGAAUACAGUCGGUAAAAAUAAUCAAUAUUCGAAAAAUGGUCAAGAAUAUCAAUUGAGUGGUCCACCAACAUUGACAAAUGAAUCUGGCAUUUAUGAAGGACAAAUGGGAACAUUGUCAAAACAAAAUAAUCGCACCACACCAACUUAUCCAGAUCCAAGAGAUUCAAGAGGCAGCGAAAAUUUGAAUGACAGCGGCACCAUACCGGAUCAUUAUGAAAAUCCAAAUUUUGAACUACAUUCCAAUUCGAAUAGUAAUUAUCGAAAGCAACAACAUCAACAAGCCUACAUCGAUCAAUGUUAUACGGAACCAAUUAACGCCGAAAUGAUGUACAAUUCAAAAGAUGUGCCGAGCAAUUAUGAUUUUCAGAAUUUUGAACGUCCAAAUUAUACGGAACGAAAUUUGUUGCCAGGCAGCAGUGCAACCGAAUUUCGGGCAUCGAAAAAUUUAAAGGCAUUGGUUAAAAGCAACAGUGGCAACUACGAUCCACAAAAUCAACAAUUGAAACAAAACAAUUUGAGCGUGGGCGGUGGCAAAUCAUCGCACUAUAAUCCACAAACACACAGUUACAAUUCAUUUGAUCGACGGGGACAACGGAAAAGCGGUACACGAACAUUGAAUGCAGUGCGUUCAUCACAGUAUCAGCAUGAUUAUCAUCCGAAUGGCCAGUGGCAACGAACUUCGGCUGGCCGAUCGUCAAAUAAUUCGGGCACGUCAAAAGAGCGUAGCCAUCAUAAUUUUUUAGCGACAACAGCAACGAUGGCCAACGAUAAUAGCAUUGUUGAUAACAAUAUUGAUGCGGCGGCCAAUGAAUUUGAUACGGUAAGCAAUGCGAGCAGCAGUGAUGGUGUUCGUGCCGUUAACUACAAUCCAGAUAUGGUACUAUUCAAAGCCCAACGUGAUCAUCAAAUUGAUGCAAAUGCACAAAAUAGUGCGAGCAGCGGUGAUUCAUCGACGUCAAUGCUUGUGGCCGAACACGGUUUUGUUCGCUUUCGACCGAUGGAAAAUAUCGCAAAAGAUAAGAAACCAGAAACAAAACCAUCAAAUAGUGAUAACAAUAAUAAAAAUAGUCCAGCCAUAAUGCAACGGCAUCACAAACGAUCAUUAACAAAUUCGUAGUGUUUAGAGAGCAAAGAAGUAUAAAUUAAAUACAAUUUAAAUGAAAUUAACAUUUGAAAGACAUGCAACAAAACAAACAGAAACAUAAAAAAUAAAUAAAUAAGAUGCAAAUUAAAUUACUAUUAAAAUUAUUAUAAUUAUGGAAAUUAUUGUAUGCAAUUUUGACGAAAGAGAAAGGGAAAUACACAGAGAUAGAGAGUGAAUGCAGCAAAUAAAAGUUUGCAAAUGAAAAAAAGGAAGAAAGAACAGAAACGGAACAAAAAAAUUAUAAACGAAUAAAAACACAAAUUCGAAUCUGAUGCAGAAGAAAGCAGAACGAUGACGACGACGACGAAAAAAACAUAUUGCAACGCUAAAAAUGAAUUGCAGAGAAAAGCGAAAAAUGGUUGAAAAUGACUACUACAUAGAUAUUUAUCACGUAAGGGAAUUUAAAUGAAGUGACAUAAAAAGCGUGUAUCCGCCGAAAUCCAAAUACAAACUCACUCAUUCACUCACUUGCUCGAUAAAACAUACUAAAAUGAUACAUACACAUACUCGGGGUAUAUAUUUUAUCCACGAAAGAAUAUUAUUCACUGGAUAGACAGAAAAAGUAUUUACAUUUUACCGUAUGCACGAAACUGCAUUACACGAUAAGAAAACAUAUUUAAUGAAAGGACACAGGAACAAUAUAUAUAUAUAAAAUGCAAAAUGGAAAACGAAGAAGAACGGAACUGAAGUUCAUGAACAAAAAUUAUCUAUUAAGUAAUAAAAAUGGUGUGAUGGCGUAAUAGUAUACAAAAAACACACAUAUAUAAUAGUAGAAUAGCUUUUUCUCUCUCAUACUCACACACACACACUCACAAACUCUCACCAAAAAAAAAAUCUAUCCUCUUCUACACAUUUAGUAUAUUUAAAACUUAAAUUAAACGUUAGUUUUUUUUUCCUAAAUACAUUACAAUUUAACAUCAUCAUAAAGCCGUUGAGGUGUAUGAGAGCAAUAAAAAGAUGAGACACAAAAAAAUAUCACACAGUCCACAACGUUGAAAAAGUUUCGGCAAUGUCGCCCACUUACUUCUGGAUAGGAUAUGCCUUAAAUUAUGUGGCAAACCGAUGUUCCAUUUUUGCUCAACACAUACACACACAUACGCACUCAUUUACAUUCCGUUGCUACUGCCAAAGUAGAAGCGCAUUUGUAAAACUCCAAACUCGGGAACGAAAGAAAAAAGAUAAAAAGAAAUGCUUUGUAGACCAUGAAUAUACAUUGCCUUCCUACAAUCAUUUACUUAUUCGCCAACAUUCAUAUAUCCAUCCAUAUGUCUAACUGACAUGUACGGCAAUCAUGUGAGUGUUUGCUUUUUUUCGUCUUCGCUUCAGCCAACUAACUAGACAAUAUGUCAUUCAUCUCGUAUGCAAUGUGAAACUAUAAAUAAUGCACAGACCCAAAAAAGAAACUUUCAAUCACCGCCUAUAAAUAACAUGAAAGUACACAUGUCGUCUUGUUUUCCAUUUCAUGGGAAAAAGAUUGAAAAUUUUCCAUCCAAAAAACCAAAACGUCAACUUAGCCCCUGUAUAAUUAAAUAAGCUGAAUAAUGUGGAUAGAUGCAAAUUGUCUGAACACCGAUAAAUACUAUGUUUAACUCAUUACUAACAAUGUAAGUGUGUUCAUUAAAUUAUUUACGAGAAAGUAGAUCGACCAUUAUUAUUUCGGUUGACGGUUUGGUUUCGUGAAGCUUUUGUUUCAUAUACAUAUAGAUGGAAAUAGAUGAAAAAAAAGAGUGCUGAAGGAAAUGAAAUACAUAAAACUCUACACAUAAAUGAUUGUUCACAAUUUUCCAUUUCAUGUCAUGUCACAUUCCGGCCCAACAACCACCACACACACACACACACACACAAAAGCAAAAUAUAUUCCAAAAAUGCUUAUUAAUAAACCCCAAGCACACAACCAAUUUCGAAUAUAUAUAUAUAUCUAUACACCCACACACAUUAUUAUAUAUAUAUAUAUAUAUAAUUUUGAACGAUUGACCAUGUGUAUAUCUCAAUUAACUGUUGACAAUUCAUAAAAAAUGCAUGUGAUUUUCUCGGGGGGUGUGUGUGUUUUCUUUCAUCGUUUGGUUGGUUUAUUGAUUAUUGGGAGGGGUGCAUGAACGGAUGAAAAAAAAAUUAACGUCAAUUUAUGGCGUCUCAUUUCAAAUUACGCAAUUUGACGACACAAAAUGAAUAGCGCCACUCGGUUUAUUCCCGCAUUCAUUGUGAUCACAAAAUGUGGUCGCCACCACCAUCACCACCAACCAUCAAGGAUCGUUAACCAAACACGAAGUAAAUACACAUUGAAAAAUCUAUUACAUGAAAAACACACAUUUAUUAUAUGUAAAAGAUGAAACAAUGAACGCAACCGUAUACUUAUACAUUUAUAGUGCAUUUAAUAAUCUGUAAAACAUAUAAAUAAUUUCUCUCGCCCUCUUUCGAUGAUGCAAAAUGCUAAAUGAUUAAGUGCAAAAACUCGAGAGCAGCAACACAAAGAUGAAAAGUAACAAAAUUAUAUGAACAUAUUCAUAAAAAAAAAGAAAAGAAAGGAAAAAAGUUCAACUGAAAAUAGAAAAAAACCAAAAUUAUAUGGUUAUAUAUAUACACACAAUAUUAUUUAAUGUAUAUUUAUAUAUAUGAUGCUCACGUUCACCACUUAAGCCCACUGUCAACUAAACAAAAAAACUAAGACAUUCAUAAUUAUCGUUAUGCACGAAAAAAAAAAUGAUAAGCGAGGACACAACAUAACACGUAUCUUCUACCCAAUUACUCCUCCGAUUUGAAUCUCACUCAUACACUACACAGUCUGUAUUGUGUUUUCUACUGUCGGUAUUUGUCUCUAGUAUUGUUUGUAACCGCAUUCGCGGUUUUUUUGCUCUCUCUCUCGAUUAUUUAUAUGUGUGUGUGUAUGUGCUGCAGCUGUAUCAGCAGCAUUGUUAUAUGUUUCGAUUGUGAGCAUGCAUCAAAAGAGCUGAAUUGCAUAAAAAUGUUGUGCUGUAAAGCUUGCAAAUCAUCAUAAAGCAUGCGAUAUACGACCCCAUCAAAUAAACCCCGGGUAUUAUUAUUUGCGUCUCAUUUUUUUUCGUUCACUCUUGUCGUUUGAAUAUAAAAAGACGAUACCCGUGACACAUCUCGGGUGCAAUAUCCCGUUAUAUUCUUGUUGUUAUGCAACGCGUUAACAAUGCAAUGCGAUUGUGCUUUUUUGUGUGUGUUCUACACAGUCAGAGAAAGAUAGAGAUGUCUUGUUAGAUCAUUUGCAACUUCAUUUCAUUGCAAAAGUUUCGAGGUGAGCUCUAGCGCUAUUAAAAUCGCACCAUACUGUGUGUCACCUCUGGCGGUGUUUUCUCUUUCGCAUAUAAAAGGAUUUUCCAACUAAAGACAAACUUGUACAAAAAAGAAGAACGAAAAUAUUCAGCUCUAUCGGAGGAUUAUCUUGUAUACACACACACACACCACGAGAAAAAAAAAAAACGAGUAGCAAAACAUACAUGAACACAACAAACAAUCAUAAUUUGUCGUUUGAUGUUAAAUCCUAGAGAUACUACAGAACAAACAAACAUUUAAACAAUAUAAAACAAAAAAACGUCCCUCCUUUUUGUGCACUCUUGUAUCUUUCAUAAAUUUCAUUUCACUUGGGCUUGGUAGCAGUUUGCACGCGUUUAUUUCUCUAUUUGGAUUAAAAAAAAUCAGGGAAAUCAUAAAAUACUCAAUUUUCAAUUUGUUUUUUUGUCCAUCUCUUUGUAAUAACGACACAAUCAUAAUCAUAAUCUUAUACUCGUUUCUGUAACAUACGCAUGUGUUCAUAAAGGAAAGGAAGAAGUUGAAGAAAACUGGAAAUUUUCCGACAUUUGAUUUUUUCUCUCUUCUUGCUUAACAGCCGACUGAUUUUCGUUAUUAAAUCAUUUUUAUGCUCGAAAAAGAAAGCAAAAGAAAUGAAAAGAAUAUUAAAAGAAAGCUUUUUACCGCGCCUUCCAUUGAAUAGGGAAUUGAAACUGAAUAAUUAUUUUUUUCUUUCUUUCAAUGGAACUUAAAUUUAUGGAAUACAAUUUAUCGCUGUAUUUAUUUCAUUUGUUUGUCCUUUUUUUGUAAUGUCCUUUUGUUUUUGAAAAUAUUUUUUUUGUUGUGAAUCAGUUAUCGUGCAUUUUUGUACACCAUUUUUUUGAUAGAACAAUAUUUUCGUCAUCGUGCAUUUCACACGUGUAAAAGUUGUCUGAUUAACUUUAAGAACACAUUCGAAAUUAUGUUUACUUUUAUUUCUCGUGCGAUAAAUCCGAAUUUUAUUUUUUUGAUGAUUUUAUGUCAAAAGACAUACAUAUAUAAAAUUAAGCGCGGUGUCACGCACAUGGAAAUUUAGAAGAAAAAAAAAAGUUUUUUUCAAUCGAAUUUCAAUCAAAUUAGAAAAAAUUAUAUAUACAUAUUUUGGGGAUAUUGAGCAAGAAAAAAAAUUCCCCUUCUAAUUCUUCAUUGUAUUUUCUAAUCACUUCAUUGACAUACAUAUUUAUGACUUGUAGCCAACAUCAUAUAUGAACUAUGUUUUGUUUCCUUCGUUUCGAAUUGCUGUGCUGUACUGCAGCAUAUUUUCAAAAAAAAAAAAAAAAAAAAAA